AUGCCUCCACGACGACAAGCAAGUAAUGCCUCAUCAAGAACCGCACAACCGCUGAAAUCCACACCCAGCAUUACUAUCCAGCCCAAAUCCACACAGAUUGCAGACCCGGCCCUGCGACCAUUCUUGAACCCCUCAUUCGACCCCGCCGAUUAUCUCAAUGCCACUCUCCCCUCCCUCCAGACCCCGAAUGCCUCUCAAUCUCCAAGGGGCAGUGUCCCUCUCGCAGAAUUGUCCGCACAAACCCAGACGCUUCUCUCUCAGCUCAGCGCACAUACCACGCGACUCACAUCCACCCUGACACAACUCACCGACGAGAUUCUUCGAAGCGGAAGCCGGUUAGCAUACGAAGUUGAGGUGUUGCGCGGAGAAACUCUUGGGCUAUCAGAAGCCUUGACAGAAGGAUUACAAGACGAUGUGGCCAGAUUUGUUCCGGGUGGGUUGGAAGGAGACCUUGCAAGGAAACACUCGAAGGGCGGAGAAGUGAAUGGAAAUUCGAGACGGGCUUCAAUCAUUACAACUCCGAAAACACCUAUACAAGAAGAAAUACCCGGCGUUGCGGAUCCACCUUAUAUCACGAAACUACGAACACUCACCCUCGUACGCUCCCGAUUAGAUACUGUGAUUAAGACGUUUGGCGAUGCGAUGGCAUGGACAUUUCCUCCCUCCGAGGUAUCAGUGACCUCGUCAUUCUUAUCCGUUUCCGCUCCAGAGCCCGGUUCAGACCAGCAUAGCACAGAGGAGAAGGGCCAGCAAAUAUCAAGAAAGUUACGGGAUGAUAUUGCAGAUCUACUCAUUGGCGGAGACCCUGUCGACGGCAUCGAAGCUGCCGCCAAAAGAGUGGAGGAGCUCAAAGAACUGGCUGUAGUAUGGAAGGGCACCGCGGAAGAAAAGGCAAGAGUCAGGUUUGUAGAGUCUCUGGCCAAGCUAGUAGAAGACAGACAUAGGGAGCUGCUUCGGGACUCGGAACAAGAUACUCGUCUACGGCAAAGGGUUGAAACCUUACAAGAAGAUGUUGAUGUCAGUGCGGGCGAGACGAAAUCUCAGGGCGGGUAUGGCUUUAUCAACCAGCUGCAAAAAUUAAGAGGGGCUUCAUGA